AUGUCGACUUUUCACGUCGGCGGCAAGGUCGUCGACAAAGUUGAUUUACUGAGGAAGAAGCAAUUGUUAUGGCGCUUAGACGUCUGGCCUUUCGCCGUUUUUUAUGGCGCGUGGGUUUCAAUUAUUCUUCCCAGCCUUGAUUUUGUUGAUGCGUGUAUUGUUUUAGGUGCACUGUCUUCUAUUCAUAUUCUCGUUUGUCUCUUCACUGCUUGGUCUGUUGAUUUCAAAUGUUUUGCGUAUUAUAGCAAGGUUAAAAAUAUUGAUCAGGCUGAUUCGUGUAAGAUUACUCCGGCUAAGUUUUGUGGUUCUAAAGAAGUUGUGCCGCUUAAUUCCCGGAAAUCAUCUGCAGGUUCUUCAACAGUGGAUCUGGAAGAGAUUUACUUUGAUUUUAGAAAACAAUGUUUUGUUUAUUCGAAGGAGAAUGGAACUUUUAACAAACUCUCUUAUCCUACGAAGGAAACAUUUGGACAUUAUCUCAAGUGUAGUGGCCAUGGAUCUGAAGCCAAAGCUCUUGCGGCUACCGAGAAAUGGGGGCGGAAUGUAUUUGAUUAUCCUCAGCCAACAUUUCAGAAAUUGAUGAAAGAGCAUUGCAUGGAACCUUUUUUCGUAUUUCAGGUUUUUUGUGUUGGUCUCUGGUGUUUGGAUGAAUAUUGGUACUAUAGUUUGUUCACUCUAUUUAUGCUAUUUAUGUUUGAGUCGACCAUGGCAAAAAGUCGGUUAAGGACUCUGACUGAGUUAAGACGUGUUAGAGUGGAUAAUCAGAUUGUUAUGGUACAUCGUGGUGGCAAAUGGGUAAAACUCUCCGGUACAGACCUUUUGCCAGGAGAUGUUGUCUCUAUAGGCCGUUCUUCUGGCGAGUCUACUCCUCAAUGGAAGAUUUCUAUUGCGGGUAGGGGUAUGGAGGAGAAGUUGUCAGCAAAGCGAGAUAAAACCCAUGUUUUAUACGGUGGAACCAAAAUAUUGCAGCACUCUCCAGAUAAGACCUUCUCUCUAAAAACACCUGAUGGUGGCUGCUUGGCUGUUGUCCCUUAG